AUGGCGAGAUUAAUACAGUUUUUAGAUGGCAAAGCCAAGAAGGCAGUAAUCGGAUUUGAUGGCGUGCCAGGUUGCCUAGAAAAGGCCCUACGAGUGUUGCAUCGUCGCUUUGGACAGCCGUACGUCGUGGCCGAAUCGUGUAUGCAGACUUUGAUUACGGGGCCUCCUAUUGCAAACUUUGAUCAUGAUAGUUUAAGUGAGUUCGCAGACAAGGCGAGGGCAUCCCUAGAAACUCUUUUGGCAAUUGGUGCCCUCGGUGAGAUGAACCUUUUCAACUUGGGAAAAGUGAGUAAACGACUGCCUAAUCCCUUGCAGUACAAAUGGAGGGAUUUAGUUCAACGUAUACGGGAUAGUGGAAGGAUCCCUCACAUGGAGGAUUUGGUUGCCUUUAUUGAGCGGUCCGCGGAUGCUGCAGCAGUUGGAGAUGGUAAACCUAAGCCCAAGGGAGGAUAUGACAAGUCCAAGGUCAAGUUUAGUGCCAGUGGACAGCAGAGGUCAACAUUUUCGGUGCAGGUUCAAGAGCCAGCCCCGAAAGCCAAGUCCACAGACCAGCUAUUGCCUAGAAAAUGUUGGGACUGCAGUGGGGAUCAUCCUUUAAAGAGCUGUCCGCAAUUCAAAGGAAAGUCUUUCAAACAAAAGCGAGAACUGGUCAGGAACAACAAACUGUGCAUAAUAUGUCUAGCUAAAGGACAUUUUAUUCAGGAUUGUAAAUCCUCAUACAACUGCCAAGUUUGUCAAGGGAGGCACCACACCCUACUGCAUAGAUCCGAUACAGAUAAACCCAAAAUGGAUAAUACUGAAAAAACAAAGUCGAAGUCGUACGCCGUAAUUCGCUCAAGUAACACAAAGGUGGCACUGCACGUUGUUCCCAUCAAGUUAGUCGGUCCAGAAAGUGACACCAUCCAGACAUACGCCUUACUGGACACUGGAAGUGAAGAGUCAUUUAUAGACAAGGAAAUCGCCCGUCGGUUAAAGAUCAAGGAAGGCAAGACAGAAAACAUGAGCAUUUGUACUAUGACAGGAGAGAGCAGCAUGAAAGUUGAGAAUUGA